AUGCUGACAAGAAAUUCGUGGAGGCAAGUGGAGCAAAAUCUAAUGACAGAAUUGGAAAGCCUCUCCUCAAAAGUCAAGGAGUUGUUGCAGUUUCCCAUAACAAUCAAUGUUCCCCAACUUGUCAAGAACUCUUCCCGGAGAUUACUGGAAGCCUUUGUUGGUUCAGUGUUUGAAUCUAUCGACCAGCCAUUGCUGCCAUCUCAGAGUAACUUUGCUCCAGUUGAAGAGACAGGGGAAGGCGUUCAUAUUUCCAGCAUAGAAGGGGGGAUUCCAGAUGACUUUAAAGUGGACUUGAAAUUCAAAAGGAGUUGUAGCUUUAUCCAUGAUAUAGGUGUUACACACAAAGGUAAACACCAUCCAACUUCUGCUCUCAGGGGCCAUCCAACUUCUGCCCUCAAGGGCGGAUGCAGGAAGCAGGUGGGCAGUGGAUUGCGUGAAGUGGGCAGAGGGCAAAGAGCUAGAAAAGGUGAGCUGGAAAGGGUAGAUCCAAGGAGCAGGUGGGCACUGGGCUUCAGCUGGCACUGGCUCCCCUUGGAUCCGCCCAUGUCUGCUCUAUUUUGUUCGAAUCUAAUGCUGCAAACUAAUAAGUCUAGUUUCUGCUAG